UUUUUAAACCUGGUCUUUGCUUUUUCAUUGUGAGCUUCUAACGAAAACUGAAUUCAUCAUGUUUUUCUUUCUGAAAAAAAAAAUUCAAAAAAGGUCAAGAGUGGGUGUAGUAGAUGAGAAUUCAGAAAGGCACAGAACAAAAGCUGGAUUGUAGGUUUCUUUGGCGUCACAGAUUGAGGAGACUUCUGACAUCUGUCCUUGAAGUUGGUGCUAUAAAGGCAGUUUGGGCAGUUGUGGCCAGAAGCUGUGCUAAGACAGACCGGCAAGUAGGGAUCAAAGGAAUUAAUUUACCAGGAAAUACUUAAAAGAACAAAAGGAGUGUGACUUUACCAAAUGUGUAGGGAAUAUCAUAAUUCUGUUCAAACUCUGCGUUCCUGGAGAUUAAAUAGCAUGGGCAGAAGGAGAUAUUUUUAAUGGUCCCAAGUUAAGUAAAGCUUUUAACUACCCACAGUGGACACAGAGGAGCGCCCUUUUCCUUUCUGGAAAGCAGUUUGCUGUGUAUUUAAACACUGACAGUGUCUCUCCUUAUAACAUUCUCCUCCCCAGGCAAAACAAGCACAGUGAAUCCAGGCUUUCCCCACAGGACAUAUUUCCUAGAUGUUCUCUGGAGCGACUUAACGAUUUGCCAUAAAAUUGUUAAGGUCCAAGUAGUUGUUUUCAGCUUGUGUAUUUAAUUUGGAAGAAAGAUUUAUGUGCCCCAAAGCAAGCCUGUUAUUUCCAGCUAUCUCAAUCGGUCUAAUAAAAGAUAUUACCUCAUCUCACAAACCUUUACCUCAUUUAGGGACUUACAUCAUCACAACUAAAACAGCUCUGCUUUUACUGCCGGUGCGAUAGACGCUGUGUCCUGUUCCCCCAGUGCUUCCUGUUGCUCCCACUUUGUGCCUCGCUGUCUCUGGGACUGCGGAUGGGCAGCGAGCUGAGGAGCCGAACAUUCCACCGAAGGCCUGCGUGUAGACCCUGAUGGUUGAAUGAAUGAAGGAUGAAAAUGCUCCCUGGAGUGGGUGUGUUUGGAACUGGCAGUGCUGCCCGGGUCCUGGUGCCCUUGCUGAGGGCAGAAGGCUUCUCCAUUGAGGCGCUGUGGGGGAAGACCGAAGAGGAAGCCAAGCAGCUGGCAGAGGAGAUGAACAUCUCCUUCUACACGAGCCGGACGGACGAUGUCUUGCUGCACCAGGACGUAGAUUUGGUUUGCAUCAAUAUCCCCCCACCACUGACUCGGCAGAUUGCUGUGAAGGCUCUAGGAAUAGGGAAGAACGUGCUCUGUGAGAAAGCUGCUACCUCCGUGGAUGCCUUCAGGAUGGUCACGGCUGCCAGGUAUUACCCCAAGCUGAUGAGCAUCGUUGGCAACGUCCUGCGUUUCUUGCCCGCCUUCGUGAAGAUGAAGCAGCUGAUAGAGGAGCACUACGUGGGCAACGUGAUCAUCUGCGACGUGCGGGUGUACGGGGGCAGCCUGCUCAGCCACAAGUACAACUGGAUCUGUGAUGAGCUGAUGGGAGGGGGGGGGCUGCAUACCAUGGGCACCUACAUUAUCGACCUCCUGACUCACCUCAUCAGCAGGAGAGCCGAGAAGGUGCACGGUUUGCUCAAGACUUUCGUGAAGCAGAACACGGCCAUCAGCGGGAUCCGCCACGUCACCAGCGACGACUUCUGCGUGUUCCAGAUGCUGAUGAGCGAGGGGGUCUGCUGCACUGUGACCCUCAACUUCAACAUGCCCGGAUCGUUCAUCCACGAGGUCAUGAUUGUUGGGUCCGCUGGGCGCCUCAUAGCUCGUGGGACAGACUUGUACGGGCAAAAAAACACCGCGCUCCAAGAAGAACUACUGUUUACAGACUCGCUGAGUGUCAACAAGGGCCUUUUGGACAAGGGCUUUAAAGACAUCCCGCUGCUUUACCUGAAGGGAAUGGUGUACAUGGUGCAAGCCCUGCGGCAGUCUUUCCAAGACCAGGAAGACCGUCGGACUUGGGACCAUAAACCUGUCUCUAUGGCAGCCUCUUUUGAAGAUGGUCUGUACAUGCAAAGUGUGGUGGAGGCCAUCAAGAAAUCGAGUAGGUCGGGCGAGUGGGAGGCUGUGGAGGUGAUGACCGAGGAACCAGAUGCCAACCAAAACCUCUGUGAGGCACUUCAAAGAAAUAACUUAUGAAUAUUCCUGCCUUGGAAAAUAGGACAGUUAACACUCUGGCUGUAAUGUAAAAAAACCUCUGUUUUUAAGAUAUGUAUAUUCUUAUUUAAUAGCCUGAGUUUCUUGGUUUUUUUUAAACGUGUAAAAUAAUGUUCUGAUAGGAACUGUUCUGGUUUAAAUUGUUUAAAGAGUUUUAAAUGUUUCUGUUUUUAGUAAACAUUUAAUUUUUGUCUUGGAGACUGGUAGGAAAACUUGAAUUGCCCUUUGCACUUGCAGUAGCUGAAGUGAAUCAUGGGAUCCCUGCCAUUGCACAGCUUGGAAAUGGGACACAACCCCUGUUGCACAGGUCUGAUUUAACCACGAGAGCAUGUAGAGCAAGAUCAGGGAGUAUCUGUUGUUCAGAUGCCUUUUUCUUCUCUCUGAGACUGAUUUACAUUUUAAUCCUCAGUUUGUAAAAUUUUAUAAAAGAGUUUAGUGAUGUAAGAGGUCUCUAAACUCCUGUAGGACAAAAAGUAGAAGGAAUGGAUUAGAGUUGGUAACAUAAGGAUCAGCCUUUUGGCUUCCUGCACGUGGCAAAUGUCUUUCAAAUUCAUUUAAACUGGUGUUUUAUUUAAAUGAUACUAUAACUCUCUGUUGUUGCUGUCUUGGCAGGAAAAUCUUCAGGAAGUCUGUGAUACAUUGUGCUAUUCUUCCAUAUCUGUAGACAUUAUUCCUUCUACUCAAGAGGCUGCCUGCAUCCAGCAGCUUUUUUUCCAUAAGCUGUGUGUCUGUCAGUUGUGUUUACGGCCUGGCAGCACUGGUGCCGUGCCUGUGGGGCCACGUUCUCAUUUCUGUGACUAUUAAUAAAUGCCUCCCAGGGUCAUGGGAUUGCCACGGUGUCGUGGGUAAUGAAGUCGUACAGCAUUAACCUUCCUGGGACCUGAAGGUGGAAGGAAGGAGGUGUUUCCUACCUCUUGCAGCUCUCUUAACGUGCUGUCUGGAUAACUGUCACACUACACCCAUCCUGAUAGUUGAGAGAACAGGGACUGAACUGCCAUGGGUAAAUCUGCUCCUGAUCUCAAACACUGGCUAUUAACCCUCUGGUCCUGCCCAUCUUCAUGUCCUCCUGCAGCUUGUGUCCAGUGGACAGAUUUGUUGGCAGAUGAUGGCUGGAAGUUCAUUCCUUUUGUGAAAUGUUUCUCUCUGAGGCAGGUAUGUGGAAAGAAUAGUCCAAUUUUAACUAUGUUUAUUUUGUGUACUUGAAAGCUUUUUUAAAAAAAAUGUUUUCCCACUAAAUUGUAACCCUGUGUAUUUAUGGAUAUUAACAUGCACGCUGCUGUUUGAUAAGCUGGACCUUCCUGAAAAGUAUCAUGUUUUCUACAGAAAUAAAAAGUUGUGUUUGUUGAGGACAUUCUUUA